AUGUUCUCCAGUACAGCGCGUUCCAUAUUGGAAGUGGGAAAGUGCCUGCGGGUGCCCGUGCCCAUUCGCGCUCUGUCGAGUCAACCUGUUGCGCCAACUCCGGAGAAGGCGUCUCCUCAGACCCCCCCCAAGCCGGCUCACUCAGCCAUACCAGCCGCCGCCGAGCAACAACCAUCGGAGCUUCCUGUUAAAGAAUGGUCGGAGCGACUAGGAGCUUUGGGUGAUAAGACCCGGCUGCCCCGAAGCGUUCAGGCGAUCUACCUGCGCCCACUCCGCAGAAAGGCAGAGCAUGGCCUGCCCGUGUGCGACUUGCAAUUGCGAUCUUACAGCGUUCAGAACGUCGAAUUCUUCGCUGACUUUGCCAUCCGUGCGGCCUAUUAUCUUAAUCUUCCGGUUUCUGGCCCGGUGCCGCUCCCCCGGAUUGUCGAACGGUGGACCGUCCCGCGAAGCAAUUUCGUCCACAAGAAAAGUCAAGAAAACUUCGAGCGGAUCACUCUCCGCCGACUGAUUCAGAUCAAGGAUGGCAACCCACAAGCAGUACAGGCAUGGCUUGCCUUCCUCCGGAAACAUGCUUUCUAUGGAGUGGGUAUGAAAGCUAAUGUCUGGGAGCAUGAGAGCCUCGAUGUUGCCAAAACAAUGGAUGCAUCUCUUCCCGAAAUCCAAAAGACAGUUGGUCCUCAUCUCGCCCUGUUUGGCAAGCGUUUCCAUCAGGCAAACCCAAGAACUUUCCCCAACCGUGUGAACGGAGAGCGAUUUACUCCUCAUCAGGCCAAGACCGAUCAUCUGCGGUGA